CUUCCUGCGAGAGAAACACGGUGCCAAGCGUACGUUUGAAAGUAGUGUAUCAGACUCCCAAGACGUAGAGAGAAGAAUAGUCGUAGAGUAAGACAUUUUUUAAAACGACUUUCUGUCGGAGCCUGGCUACAUAUUCGGAUAUAUUUUCUAACUCAGGCUUCAAAAGUGGAGACCGUUUUUUCUUCGAUAUCCUUGCAUUUCUUUAAACGAGAAAUGGAAGAGGGCUCAAGUUCUCCCAUCUCCCCUGUGGAUAGCCUAGUGACCAGCGAGGAGGAGUUGGACCGACAACAGAAAAGAUUUGGAAGGAAGAGGAGACACAGUAAAAAGUCGAGCGAGGACUGCAGUCCGGGUUCCGUGAAACGGGGCAAAAAAACGAGUCCAAGCAGCAAUCAGUCCUACGAGGAGUUGCAGAACCAGCGGUGCCUGGCCAACGUCAGGGAGAGGCAAAGGACACAGUCGCUCAACGAAGCCUUCUCGUCUUUACGCAAAAUCAUCCCCACUCUACCCUCGGAUAAACUGAGCAAGAUCCAGACACUAAAACUGGCCUCCAGAUACAUAGACUUCCUCUAUCAGGUGCUGCAAAGCGACGAGAUGGACAACAAGAUGUCGAGCUGCAGCUACGUUGCGCACGAAAGACUCAGUUAUGCUUUCUCGGUGUGGAGGAUGGAGGGCGCUUGGUCAAUGUCUGCAACGCACUAGCACCCAAAGCCCUUCACUCAUUGCCAAAGCGACUGUUUACUUCUACAAAGUACGAAGACACCGAAUCUAUUGAAGAACCCACGAACCUCAGAAACAUUGUCAAGAGACGUAAUGUGACACACAACUCUCCUGGGGUGUGUUGAGUGCAAUUACCUAACACAUGGAGCAGUGUGAGAAGGAGUCAAAAUAACCCCGAAAAUCAUGUUGCAUACUCAGACAGUGUUUUCAGACAGUGUUGUCAGACAGUGUUGUCAGACAGUGUUGUCAGACAGUGUUGUCAGACUGUGUUGUCAGACAGUGUUGUCAGACAGUGUUGUCAGACAGUGUUGUCAGACAGUGUUGUCAGACAGUGUUGUAUGAUGCUUCUAGUGUCUACUGCAUUAUCACGUUGUUUUAAUGUCGGUGAUGAUAGUAGGAAAAGCCAUAUUUUAUCUUUUUGGGGAAUUUAUAUUUCGUUCUGUUUUUAAAAACAAUACAUAGAAGUAUAUAAAUGUUUCUUAUUGUACAUACCUGUAAGUAUCUUCAGCUUGUAAGGGACCAAUGCAAUUUAGAAUACGUUAUUGAAGUACGCUCCAUGGAUGUUCAACUCCGUUUUUUUUGCCUAUUUAUUAAAACACAUAUUUUUGAAUGAUGAAGUUGAGCCCUUUGAUUUAUGUUUCCAUAGAAUACCGUAGCAAUUGUGCCAUUAUCACAUAGGCUAUAUCCCCUAUAUUAUAUAUCAAUGUAAAUAAUUCCA